UAGAUUUAACGUUAAUCAAAAUUUUUUCGAUCCUGCAUCUUAUCUAACAUAAAGACGAGGAAUUGGAAAGUUUCAAAUCUUGUCCACAUAUGUCGCUGUAGUCGCAAGGUGGUGAACAGCCAUAAUGAAUUGUAUGAAAGGAAGAAACGAAAGGAACGGAACGGAAUGGUAUGGAAUCAAUGGACAGCAGGCAGGUGCCAACAUGGCGAUUGUUGCGCUCUGGACUUGUGCGACAUCGCCCUGUAUAAUGAUAUCGUUUUAAGUGCUUAUUAAAGCAGUGGAAAUAAAGUGACAAGAAAAACAAUGUCUUAAAUGGCUCAGGAUAUAUGGAAAGCAUAUUAACUUUAGCAAAAUGUCAACGAGAUCGCAACUCACUAAGGAUUUAAACGAAUCGGUGAAAGCAUUACUUGGUAAGCAUGUCAAGAUACUACUAAAAAAUGUUGUCAAGUUAGAAACCAAGCAGGAUAAGCAAGAAAACCGCGUUCUUGUAUUUUCACCAUGCCGUCUUUUUCUUUUAACGGCCAAAGUACCCACAAGGAUCGACUGCCACUUCCAUUACUUAGAAAUAGUAUCUAUAGAAUCCAAAAGAGCAAACCAAUUAUGUUUAACUGUAGGAGAAAGAUUUUACAAUUUUACUACAACCAGUGUGGGUGCAGAUACUACCGAAGUCGAUGCAAUGAUCGAGGCCUUACAUACUGCUAUUCGCAAUAUCUUUCCUACAGUACCAUUAAAUUAUAUUAUAAGAAAGAUAGAGGUAAUCCCAGCAAGCAGAUUACAAACCAUAAGAGGUAGUGAAUUAGCCAGGAGCACGGAAGCAACAAGACACACUGGGCCUUGUGGUGGUUUUUCCACUCAAUAUGCGUGUAUGUGCGAUUUACAUGGUGUACCAUAUAGAGAAGAAGUUGCUUGGGAUGUAGACACAAUAUAUUUAUCCCACGAUACCAGAGAACUUAACUUAAGGGAUUUUGACCAUUUAGAUCAAAAAGAUUUGGUACCGAUAAUAUCAGCCUUGGAAUAUAAUACAUGGUUUACUAAGUUGAGAGCGUCGCAUCUUAAGUUAAGCCAUGAACCACUUGAAAGAUUAUUGCAUGUUAUGCGUAGGUCAUUGUCUAUUCAAGAACUCUAUUUGGAUAAUCUUGGAGUUAAAUGGGAUUUUGCACACAAAUUGUCAUUAGCCUUGAUUUCUAAUGCUAAUACAAUGUUACAGACAAUAGAUUUGUCACAUAAUAUGAUCGAGGACAAAGGAGCAUCUAGCUUGUGUGGGAUAAUUGCCAAGUUAAUGCAAGGAGCUACACAUUUAAGUGGCCCUAUUGGAAAAUUACCUAAAGGAUUACAAAAAUUAAAUUUGGCUCAUUGUGGAUUAACUGGAAAAGGCAUUGGUCAAAUAGCACAUGCAUUAAGUUUAAAUAGGAGUAUGCCAACUAGUCUGCAAUACUUAAAUCUUUCAGAAAAUACUUUGAAAGAUGAUAUUAAUAAUUUAUGUAACUUUCUGGCACAGCCUAAUAGUUUAACACAUUUAGAUCUUAGUGGUACAGAUACAACCUUAGAAUGUCUAUUUGGUGCUUUAUUGCGAGGUUGUGCAACUAAUCUAGUCCAUCUAAACGUUGCUCGCAAUUCUUUUUCAAGUAAAAAGACCAAAGAAAUACCUCCCAGUUUUAAGCAAUUUUUUACAGCGACACUUUCAUUAAAGUACUUAAACAUCUCAUUCUGUAAAUUACCUCUGGAGGCAUUAAAACAUUUGUUACUUGGAUUGGCAUGUAAUGAAAGUACAGUAGGUUUAGAACUUGAUAUGAGUGGAAAUAAUUUAGGUUCUAUGGGUGCUCAUGUUUUGGAAUCAUGUAUACAUGGUGUAAGAUGCAUAGCAUCAUUGGAUAUUUCGGACAGCAAUAUGGAUGUUGAUUUAGCGCAAGUAAUAACAGCCAUAGGUAAAAACAAAUCUAUCAAACAAUUAUAUAUGGGUCGAAAUACAACUGGCAUGAAAAGCAAACACAUUGCCGUUGUAAUGGAUGCUUUGGUCCAAAUGCUCCAAGAGGAUGAUUGCGUUUUACAAGCAUUACAUAUACCUGAUUCUCGUCUUAAAUCUGAUCUCUAUAAUUUGAUUAACGCUUUAGGAAGUAAUACCUGUCUUCAUACAUUAGACAUAAGUGGAAAUCAAAUUGGUGAUCCUGGUGCAAGAUUAUUAGCCAAAGCAUUACAAAUCAAUAACCAUUUAAGGACCAUCAUUUAUGAUAAAAAUAAUAUUACGCUUCAAGGUUAUGCUGAUAUCGUGCAUGCUUUGGAGAAAAAUUGUAGCGUCAGGCAUAUGCCAUUUCCAAUUUUUGAUCUACAACCGUGUAUGAAAACGUCUGCUGAAAAAACAGAGCAAUUAGCUAAAAAAAUUCAAGAUUUACUGCAGAGAAAUGUAACACCAUGUAAAUACAGUCAUGGACAAGCAUUUAGACUUCAGCAAGGUUUCUUGUUAAGUUCUACACAACAGAUGGUCGAUAGACUUGUCGUUCAAACUCAGGAUACUAUAAAAGCUAUAGCUGCAGAAAGCUGUGAUGCAAAUAAUGACAUUAAUUAUGCUACCGGUCUAAUACAAGAUGCUGAUAAUUCUAAACAGCUUCUUCCAAGAUUACACGAAGUACUACAAAGAAGAGAUGAAAAUAAUCCAAUUGAAUUAAAAUUACACGAUAUGGCAAGCGAACUUCACAAAGUUGUUACUAUGUACUUAGAGGAUUCAUUAGAUGCAAUGCUUAAAUGUGCAAAUGAACAAUGUCCAACUAUACUCUCACAAACAGUAAUUAGAGGAGAUGAAAGCGAACCUAUUGCUGUAGAGGAUGAUGUUCGUAAUAUUUGUAAGGAGAAAAAUCAUAUAAGCACAGAAUUUAUUCAUACCACUAUUACAGAACAAGCUGGUGCUGAUAUUAUUAAUAGAGUCAAUGAGUUAAAUUUAGCAGUUGCUGCGUAUGUAUCUGAUAGAACCACUGAUGAAGUAAUCGAAUCUUUGUCACGUAGUUACAAGACUUUGAUUGGAGAUUGUGACAGUCGAACAAGAAGUAGUACUCCAGAUGUAUUACGACCAAGUGCAGGUUCCAUGAGUAGUGGAAGUGUUAUUGGUGUUACAAGUGCUACUGGUGUUUCUAUGACAUUGCAUGGUGGAAGGACUAGUCUUAUUUCAGAAGUUGAGUGUCCUCCAGAAACGUAUUCCUUGGAAAAUUCUCUUAGCCAUUGUUCCAGUGAACAAUCCCCAAUGAAAUUGGAUUAUUUGAAUCUUGCAACUCCACAUUUAUCUAAUAAAAGGAAAAGUUUACAUGGGAGAAAAUUAAGACCAAAAUCGGUAGUAGAUUCUGUAGAAGGAUUGUCAGCAGACGAUAUACCUGAUUUACUUCCAUCACUGCCAAAAAGUCAGGCAGAAGCUAUUUCAGAAACUGAACAUUCCUUGACAGAAUCGUUAGAUUCUGUCUCAGAAUUACCUAAUACAGUGGGUCAACAAUUACAACAUUUAGUUAAAUCUAGACCACGAAGAACAAAAACUAGAGCACCCACAAGACCAAUGUUAAGACCAGAUCAACCUGUAGAUGGUUUAGCUCUUGGUGAAGGAUUAGAUGUAUUUUUCCGGCCUACAACACCAACUACACCACUUAUAUCGCCUACGAGCGAUGAUAGUUCUUUACAUACAUUUCCAACGGAUGGAAGUCCAAAUUUAUCUUUGGCGAGUCAUAAAAGUAUACCACCUGAUCUAGAUAAAAAGCAUGGAUGUAAUUCACCGAUGUUAAAAACAUUACUUGAACCAACACCACGUUCAAGGUCUAGCGAUAAUUUAGAAAAAUUUUCUCCGCUGGUAGGAAGACGUUCACAAGGUGAUUCGCCAUUAACUGCAUCUCCUUUAGCUCGUCGAAAUACAACAGAUAAUGCUCAAGGACAUGAUAGAGUAAUGUCUAGAUGUGAUAGUAGUAAGGAUACGUAUAAUAACAGUAUUAUGAGUACUUCCGUUGAUUCUUCCAAACGAAAUACUUUACCAAAUAUUGGAUCGAUUCCAACAUCUCGGGAAGACUGUGGAAAAAUAUUACAAUUACAAAAUAAUACGAAUUCGUCAUUAGAAAAGGAUAAAUCUAGCGCACAAGCAAUGUCUUCUGUUAAAUUACGUUCUACUGGUUUUGAUCUUCGAAGUCCGACCAAUGGCAGCAACACCAAAAAUUCAUCUGAAUCAUCUAAGUCACCAAUAUUAAAAUCUGUUAAAGGAAAUAAUUCUAGUAGCGAUGGAAAAAAUAAUGGUGCUCAUUUAAAAAAUAAACCUAUUCCUCCUGCUACAGCACCAAAACCACGACCAUGGAGCAUGGCUGCUGAUAGGAAAUCUGGUGAAUUUAGCUUAUUAAGUGAUGGGUCCAGUCCAAAUACAUCUGCAGGAAAUACACCUGACUCCGGUGAUGCUCUUGACGAAUCAACUGAUAGUGGUGUUAGUGGUCCUGCAUCAUUACCACCUACAUUAUCUGCAAGCAGUACAGCAAGUUCAUUGAGCAACACGAGUGUAGAGAAAAGAUCGGUCAGGGAAUUGGCUGCUAGUUUAAAUAAAGGAAAGGCUGACAAGAAAGAAAAUGAGAAUAGCACACCUGCACCAUGGAGGUCGGUGCUUCAACGUUCUGCUGACCGACCAGUUACCAAGGUAACGGAAGUGCCGAAAACGGUUGAAGAUUCUUCAUUCAACUUUAAACUUCGUCGCACUUCUUUUUUACGUGAUUCAAAUUUUAAUUAUGACAACGACGUUGUUGACGUUUAACAAUGCAGUUCCAUAUAACACCAGAAUAUCGAUUUUAUGACAGUAUGUCAAAAAAAAAAUAUAUAUAUAUAUAAUAAUAAUUAUAAUAGUAAUAUACAUAAACAUAAUAUAUAUAUAUAUAUACAAGAAUAUUCCGAAAAUAAGCAUUUCUAUGAAUUGCACAAUAAAAUAGCACAUUGUUUGUUUAUAUUCGUGCCAUAAGAAAUCAGACGUAACAUAUAUAUAUAUAUACGUUUAUUAAAUUAACACACUUGCAUUAGGAACAGGGUAACAAGAGUUUCUAUAACAAGUAUUAGCUCCUAUUAUUAUGUCAUUAGAAGGUUUUAUUGUAUAUUAUAUAACAGAAUAUUACAUUUAUCAUGCAAAGUUAAUUUAAAUUACUACCGAUGAAUAUAAAUAAUAAUUGGAACAAAUACUUCCAUUGAAAUCACAGCCAAUGCAUUCUUGCAUUUCUUGAAAACUUUUAUAUAAAGGGCCUGGUAUAUAAUAAUAUUGUGUAUGAUAUUAUCAAAGUAAUUUACAAAUUGGUAACUUGUUUUAAUAUUUAAAUAUUUAUCUGUUGUCCGCGCCUCUGUACAUUUUAGAUAAGAGACAGACUGUGUAGUUUAAAGAAAAGAAAGUGUGUUCUGGCUACGGAAAAAAAAGUAUAUAAUUUCUAUCCUACUAUCGGAUGGAGUUUUAUAGAUGUCAACGUAAUAAGUGCCUAUUACGUAUGAUAAAACAAAACAAAAAGUGUUACUCUAUUUUUCAUUUUUUUUUAAAGCAAAAUGUAUUUGUCUUCCGAUAUUUAAUAUGUGAGUAUUAUACAAUUGAUUAUGUUUUAUAUUAAUGCAUUUGUCAAAAUGUAUUCUCCGAUCUCUUUUAAUCUCAAUAAUUAAAAAAAAAAGAAAGGUCUUGUUUGUUAUCAUCAAUAUAAGGCUGCAUAUAUGCGCAUCAUUUUUAAUCAUUUUGAUUUUAAAAAUCAUACUAUAAGAUAUAUAUCUCAAGUUUAAAAAAGAAUCUUUCUAACUGGAUCAUGUUACUAACUUGGUGUUUGGAAAUAUAAUAGGGAUUAAACAAUCACGUAUACAAAAA